AUGAGAGAGAAAGUGAAUACGACAACAGUUGAAAUGAUGCAAUGUCGAAGUUUUAUCGAUUUAAAUAUUUUGAAUUGCGCAAGUGGAUCAAAGAUUGAAACGGAUUAUGAUAUGAAUGAAAUGAAAGAUUUACGGUCAUUUACCGGUGUAAGUACAGCAUAUCGUACAAUGGCUGUUUCACCGGAUGCAAAAAAACUUUUAUUUAAGAAAACUAAUAAACAACUUUAUUUAUACGAUACUGAUGAUGAAAAUCAAUGCGACAAUUACACAAUUACUGGAAUUGAUUUUAAGCAUAGCGAAGAUACGAUAUUUGAUAUAGCAUUUUUGGAUAUGGAAACGAUUUGUUUAAUAUUACAAAAUCGUGAAGGAAAUUUGUACAUAACAAAAGGAGCAAUAAAUUUUGCAUUAAAAUUAAUCGUUAUUUGUACUACCAUUACUUUUACACAAAUUGUUUGCAAGAAACAUUAUACAACAACAGUAAUAUACGAUGAAACAGGUCCUGUUUUAAUAUCAUAUCCAUUAUCAUUGCAAAGUAAAAUUCGAAAUGAUUCACCAAAAAUAUGGCUUUUGCAUUUGUCAAAUUUUUAUUCACGUAAAGGUAUUCGAACAAUUAUUAUUGAACCAUCUAUUAAAGAUAAAAAAGCAUUAUUUUGUGAUCCAUUCAUUUAUCAAAAUUGCGUUUAUUUAUUCAAUCGUUUCGAGAGUACCAUAUUAAGUGUUUCUAUUACUGGUAAAAAUCGUGGUCGUACACAAAUACUGAACACAAAUCCGGAUUACCGGUUUCAAAAACCGAAUAAUAAAUAUGCAAAUCGUUGUUUAUUUCUUCUACGUAAUAUUAUUCUAGUUUAUUGUCAUCAACGUUUGGAUAAACCUAAUGAAGAACCACAACUUUGGAUCCUAGAAUUGAGAACAAUGACAUGGCAUCGAUUAAAUCUCAUUCUUAAUCAUCAUCAUCCAAUUGGUUUAGUAAAUUUUCAAAAAUCAACCAAAGAAGAAUUAGCAUAUUUACACGGUGAAUGUGGUCGUAGUAAAUGCGUGGAAAAAGUUCACUUAUAUCAAUUAAGUACCACGCAGGAUUCUAUUAUUAUGUCGUAUGAGCCGAGCAAUAAUAUUUGUCGGCGAAGUUUAAUUGAUCGAAAGAGCAAUAAAUCAUCGAAACGUUCGGUAAGUACAGUUGAAGUACAUCAAUAUACUUCGAGUACGAGCAGUAGUAAUAGCACUGUCCACUUUAAUUCAACAGCAAUCGCUGAACAUAUUGCGCCAUCACUUCGUUACAUUAGAAAAUGUAAUCGUGAUAAGGCUAAAAAAAAUUCCCAUCCAAAAUUAUCUCCAUCAUCAUCAUCAUCGUCAACAACAACAACAGCUAAGUUAAUUCAGCCAAGUCAACAAACACAGCUGUUAUCAUCAUCAUCGUCAUUAUCAGCAUUAUCACCAUCAGUAAAAACAACAGUACCAGCAAGCAAUCAACAAAACAGCAACCAAUAUGGUGAAUAA